AUGCCCUCUGUGACCCCCUCUUUACCCCGGCUCCAGACAGCCAUUGUGGCCCAGGGCCCAAGCAGGCUUGUCAUCAAGCAUGACGUCCUCGUCCCCGUCCUGGGGUCUGACAUGGCCAUUGUGAAGACAGCAGCCGUUGCCAUCAAUCCUGUCGAUGCCAAAAUGCUCGAUUACAGUGCUGCCGCGGGUACAGUCCAUGGCUACGACUUUUCCGGUAUUAUUGUUGCCCUUGGGGAGAACGCACCAGCUCACCUUGCCGUCGGCGAUCGCGUUGCCGGAUUGGUUCAUGGAAUGAACCCGUUGCAGCCCAGAAUCGGUGCGUUUAGCGAGUAUGUCGGCGCCUGUGCCGACCUGCUGUUGAAAAUCCCCGACGCGAUGAGCUUUGAAGACGCGGCGGGCCUGGGAACGGGUGUUGCAACUGCCGUACUGGGUCUCUUCAGGGAGUUGCAGGUUCCUGGGGCGCUUGACAUCAGUGCAAAGUCCAGCUCUUUUGCUGUGGGCUCGGAGAAGAGUUUUGUUUUGAUUGCUGGUGGUAGUACUGCCACUGGGACCCGUGCGAUUCAACUGUUGAAGCUCGCUGGCCUCCGGCCUAUCGUGACAUGUUCACCCUCCAAUUUCGACCUCGUGUCCCGCUUCGGUGCUGAAAAGGCCUUCGACUAUCAUAGUCCCACUGUGGCGGCCGAUAUUCGGGCCUACACUCACAACACUCUCGCUUAUGCGCUCGAUUGUGUUUCCCUUGCUGACACUACGCAGCUCUGCUAUGGAGCAAUUGGUCGAGCUGGCGGGCGAUAUGUGGCCCUCGAGCCCUUCCGCGAGGCUAUUGCAGCUAGUCGUCCUACAGUGGAGGCAUCGUGGCUCAUGGUGCUGACCAUCUUCGGACACAAGGUCGCGCUGGACGGUGUGUAUGGACGAGAUGCCAGACCGGAGGAGCGAAGGUUUGGCGCACAGGCGUUUCAUGAAGUACAGAAACUCCUGGAUAGUGGAUUGAUCGACCCGCAUCCUAUCAAGGCCCUCCCAGGCGGGUGGUCUGGAGUGAUUCAGGGCGUCGACAGGAUCCGAAACCAGACUUUCUCGGGAUAUAAACUAGUCUACUCUGUGCUUUAG